AUGAGAAAGGUGCGUUCCGUUACGUACCGAGAGAAUGAAAGUAUUGAAGACUCGUUGCAACAGGUGGAUGGAGAUGACGCUACCCAAUUAAAUCACCACCAUCACCACGAUGACUCGACUUAUGUCUUGCGCAAGAUUUCAUCGAGCAAUCCUUCAUUCUCUCGGAAUCUUCUUCACGAUCACAAACGAAAUGAAAACGCAACCCGAAAAUCAUCGAUGAGGAACAAAUCAUCAACCUCCAAACACACUUCAAAUGUUGAUUCUUUUCUUUCAUCGCUCGGCGGAGGAGGAUCGCUGAGUAGCAACAGCAACAAUUCCUCUCGCUCUGCCACUCCUGAUCUUUUACUCACUAAUUCUUCCUCUACCAACAACACAGCAACUAUACUAUCUCCCCGAUACAACAAAUUGUCACCACUUUUUAUUCCUCAACACUCUCAAUCGACCACUACAAUGCUCCACACCUCAGAAUCUUCUUCUUCACUGUAUAUUGCAUCCCCACUUUUACCACCUUCCUCAUCUCAACCCAACAAAUCAAUAAUUGACAUGGAAAUUGAACAACUUCGAUUGGAAAUUGAAGAUUUGAAACAAAUUGUUGAAAGUAUGAUGGAUGAAAGUCAUUCAUACACCAUCAAAUACACGAGAAGAAUUCUCAUAUUUAGCAAUACAUUAAUCUCAAUAUAUGCAGUUGGACGUAGACUCUAUGACAUUAUUUAUUCUAAUAAGGGAACCAUUUUAAAUCCGUUCACUUACAUCUCAAUAUUUAAAAACAGAAAAUCUAAUGGUGCUGGGAUAGGGGGAGAUUUACCAUUGAAUUCAAAAUUUUUCUCCAACGUGGAAGCUCUCAACAAGUAUGGAAUAACGUCGAAAAGACAGAUUGGAAGAAUGCUUCUUGAUCGCCUUUCAAAUGGAGGAAAGAUUUCAUCUCCAUUAGAUUCUGCUUCAAGAAAAAUUUUCUCGUCGUCACUUCCUUCCACCUUUUAUCAGUCGUCUUCUGGAAGAUUGGCCAAUUUCGUGAAAAAUAUUAGAAAUUCAAAACAGAUAUAUGCACCAUCUUCAAAAGCAUCUAUCAGGCCCAAAAAUGUUAAUAGAGGAGAAUUUCUUUGGAGAAUAUUUGGAUUGAUAUGGAAAGAAUUUUUGUGUGCAGCAUUGUUGACAUUGAGUUCAUACUGGCUCAUGAAAUCAGAGUCUUACAAGAGACAAAUUGCAGUGGUAUUGAGCUUACUUGCUAAUUUGUAUCUAGCUCUCACUACAGAUAUUUCUCCAUGGGCAAUUUACUUUAAUUUUGUUAGUAUUUUCCUCUACAUUACGGCUCAAUAUGUAAAAAAUACUCCUGAAAGCAUGGAAAAGGUUAAAAUGCUUGCUUCCAAUUUAACAAAGUCUCUUUCGAUCAGCCAGACCAAUAUUGAAGAAGAGGUCAUUGACGAAAAUUUAAAAGAUACUUGUACUGUUUCAGCAACUUUAAAUUUUGAAGAAAAACCAAUCACUGCUCUCUCUCCAACUAAUAUAACCUCUACCUCACCUACAUACCAUCAUCAUGACCAUAUGACUGAUUAA